GAGCGUGUGAAGUUGUCUGAAUUUGCCUUUUUGAAUUCGCGUUGAUUCCACUGCCUACGACGAAGACUUCGUCUUCAGUUCAGUUAAGAACGGUAAUUCUUAUAUUUCGCUAACCUUGACUAGGGUGAUUGCAGGUAUAUGUCUUCGAGGGAGAUAGGUAGGCUAUGUGUGCAUGUCCAUGCAUAAAAUAUGUGAUAUACUUGACAACAAACCAUAGACUGAGCCUGGAUCUUUUAAGCACGGAUGUCGCUUGAUGAGCCUCUACCACAGUACAAAACGACCUACUUACAUUAUAUACGUAAGCAAAAUAUAUCGGAUUGAUUAGGCCAAUGUUCUAUUGAGUUAUGGUGUUGUGAUCUAGCUUUGUUGUUGAACUUCGUCUAGUGCGUCGCGCGUGUAGUGACGGGCUAAUCGAUCCUGAAAUAUCUAUUCUUCCGAUCCCAACGUUUCCUCUUCUAGGGUUGAUUGGUUCGCCUAUCCAUAUCUAAACUCAGUAGUUGGGGAUUAAUGUAUAUUUUAUCAUCAACAAGGCAGUAUUACCCUACGGAUAGACCUUUAUAGUCGAGGUAGGUGUGAAUGUAAGUCUAUGUCUUCGAGGGAGAUAUACAGUAUCUGUUUGCAUGUCCGUGCACAAAGUAGCCUAUGUGAUAUACUUGACAACCAGCCAUAGACUGAGCCUGCAUCUUUUAUGCACGGAUGUCGCUUGAUGAGCCUCUACCACAGUUCAAAACGACUUACUUUCAUUAUUUACCUAAGAAAACGUGUGUAUAAUAUAUCGGACGGAUUAGGCCAAUGUUCUAUUAAUGUAUGGUGCUGUGUUCUAGCUUUGUUGUUGAACUUCUUUAAGCGUGUAGUGACAGGCUGAUCAUCCUGAAAUAUCUAUUCUUCCGAUCCCAACGUUUCCUCUUCUAGGGUUGAUUGGUUCGCCUAUCCAUAUCUAAACUCAGUAGUUGGGGGUUAAUGUGUAUUUUAUCACCAACAGUGGACACCGUACAAGGCAGUACUACCCUACGGAUAGUCCAAAUAGUAGUUGGUAGCAACUACUUCUCCUUCUCCUGUCAUGCAAACUACGGCUCUGUAGAUGCUUGGGGAACUGAGAACAGUGUUGACAUUACCGUCAUUACAUCAGAAGAAGAACACUGAACAGUGUUUGUAACUACGCUGGUUUUAACUAGUAAACAUGACUCCACGCUUCAUACUGAUGUCCAACUCUUCUCAUUUAUUGUCUGGAACACUGUGAAAACUAGACAGACAGACAAACAAACAAUCAACAAAACAAAUGUAACCCAGGUUAAAAAUAAACAUGAUUUAGUUAAUAAAUAAGUGAAUAAAUAGUUGAAAUAAAUAUUAUUAAAACUUACUAGAGUAGUUUAUAUUAGUUAUACAAUCCAUGAUUUAAUCGGAUUAAAAUGUUUAAAAAGAUUAAGAUGAAUAUCAAAACUAUACAAAAAUGCACUGUUGCUUUAAGACAGUGAGCCAAUGAGAAACAAGUUAAUUCUUCAUCAACGGUAGAACGGUGGAGAUUGAAGAAAGCCAGCUAGGAGAAGGACGUUAGUUUUUCAGUGAGCUAAAGAAACUUGAAACUUGAAACUUGAUUAGAUUUGUACUGUUGUGAACUUUUAUUUUAUUUUCUGAAAGUGUUUUGAUUUGUGUUUUAUCUUCGUUGGUAGACUGUCACCUUAGUUAAGUUGUUGAGAAAAGAGAAGUCGCGUGGAGCUAGGCAUUGCAUGCUAGCAUCAUAGCUCCAUGCUUGUAGUAGAAAUAGAUGGCGAGCUUUCCCAGCGAGUAACCACACGGAAUCCUGUUCCAUCGGAGGUCAGCACCUGCUUUUCUGACAAGACCAGCAAUCCUUUCGUCGAAUGAAUGGUAGGACUGACAGGACCCUCCUUUACUUCAACUAGAAGUUCGCGGAUUUCGUGUUUUGUGAAAAGUCAUCUGCCCAUACUUGAAAGAUGGAGGCCGACAACGGGCGUGAAGACUCCUCGCCACACGAGAGGGAGCAAGAUGGACAGAAAAAGCGCAAACCCUGCUCACGUAGAAUGAGUUUGGCUGAGUUAGGAUCCCCUAAAACAGAUCAGGGAGAGGGUUCCUAUGACUGCUCCCUGCGUGGGGAAAGUUUCUCCCAGCCAUUGGAUCUUGCUUGCCAUCAGAAAACUCAUACUGGAGAGAAGUCUCAGCACUGCUCAGAGUGUGGGAACAUUUUUUCCUGCUUGUCCAAGUUGAAACGACACCAGAGAAUCCACUCCAGAGGGAAGCCUCAUGAAUGCCAACAGUGUGGGAAAAGCUUUUCUCAGAGUGGCAAACUCACGACCCACCUUAGGACACACACUGGAGAAAGGCCUUAUCAUUGCUCUGAGUGUGGGAAGACUUUCACUGAAUCUGGCAAUCUUAAAAGUCACCAGAGAAUACAUACUGGAGAGAAGCUAUAUCCCUGCUCCGAAUGUGGAAAGACUUUCACUACAUCUGGCCAUCUUAAAAGGCACCAGAGAGUACAUACUGGAGAGAAGCCAUAUCCCUGCUCUGAGUGUGGGAAGACUUUCACUACAUCUGGCAGUCUUAAAGGGCACCAGAGAGUACAUACUGGAGAGAAGCCAUAUCCCUGCUCUGAGUGUGGGAAGACUUUCACUACAUCUGGCAAUCUUCAAAGUCACCAGAGAGUACACACUGGAGAGAAGCCGUAUCCCUGCUCUGAGUGUGGGAAGACUUUCACUACAUCUGGCAGUCUUCAAACUCACCAGAGAGUACAUACUGGAGAGAAGCCAUAUCCCUGCUCUGAGUGUGGCAAGACUUUCACUACAUCUGGCAGUCUUCAAACUCACCAGAGAGUACAUACUGGAGAGAAGCCAUAUCCCUGCUCCGAAUGUGGAAAGUGUUUUUCCCAGCCUAGCGGACUUAAAAUCCACCAGCAACGUCAUAAUGUAGCCCUUGUCCGACCAUCUCCUUCUGCACAGUCUCCUGUUCCUCCCAAGGACCCCUCAACACUGCAAGUACCAUUGAAGGUUCUGACAAUACAGCUGGUGGACUGCCGCCAUGUACUGGGACGGAAUAGCACAUUGACACUACUCUGAAGAAAAGGUUAGGAUUCAUAUACAGGCAAUUAUGAAGACACCUAAUCUUGACAAAGGGAUUUAACUGAUUAUAGUGGUUUAAAUGUAGGCUACAAUCCCAUCAUAAGAAAACGAUAAACAAGGUGAAAAUAUUUUCUUUACAUAUAGGUCCACACUGUGAUCAAUAAAGCUAAGUUCAUAAUUGAAUGCUACAGAAAAAGAGAGCAUAAGAGAGUGAGAUGUAUCAUGUGAAAUAUAUAUAUUGCCAUCUCCUUGGGCAAGUCGGCCAGCAGCCAUGUUAGCAGGGUCUUUUGCCCUAUUAUUUGAACUUAUCCACACGACACAGAAAUGGUCCACAGUACGAUACAUUAGUGAUUACUUUAUUGUUUAGAUGUAAUAAUAACAGUUUUAUCUUUAAAAAAAAAAAAUAGAACAACAGAAGCAGUUGUAGCUCAAACUGGACAACAUUGAGGGACGUGUGCUAAUACUGGCCAGUACCACUAGGGGGAGCUCCAGAGACUGUUCUGUGACCGGUCAAUGUGUUCUGUGAUUGGUUAAUACCUCCGGCACUAUCUGCUGGUGGCUGUGGCACACAGAACGACUAAGUUAGCAUUAUUAGACCUUGGAUAGCAAACAUAGAUAGACUACUAUGUACACAUUUACAAAUAUGUUAAUCUUCUUUUCUUUUUCUUAUUGUACACAGAACCGAGGCCGUAGUGAUGACCAUCCGUUAGCAUCAAAUAUGUAUCCCAAGUCCCCUUCAAGGAAAGAUGAAGCUUAAAAAACGA